AUGAAACACCGGAUAAUUAUGCACCUUCUAGUGAUGCAUGGUAUUUUCGCACGACUCAGCAUUGAAAACAUAAUGAAAAUCCACGAACUGCAGAUAGAUGGCGCCUCUGGGCUUACUAUCAACCCGGACGGCCCUCUUACCCCGCUGCGCGGCUACAUUGGCUACCGUAAUGGAUACGUCUAUAACAAACGAUUUUUCUCCGCAGAAAUAGAAACAAGCUACUCCAUGGCAAAGAAAAAAGUCCUCAGAGAGGGCACGGUAGACUAUGAAUUCACAAGAAAGCCUGUUGACGACGGAGUGUACAAAGACUUAGCUGAAAAGUCACCAACCGGCAAGUAUCUUAGCACAUACCACUCCAUGCUCAUAAAGAUGUUUCCGUCUGCUGAUGGGAACUUUUCCAUUGAGGCAGGAAGGCCAAAUGCACUCACAAACUUCCUAAGAGCAGAGCACGUCAGAAAAGACACAAAGUACAUUUUUGCCGCCCUGCUGCUUCUCUCAGAGGGGAUUGACGUUAAAAUAGCAGUAGACCCCACAGGAGAAAAAAAUAGGCUUGUGAUAAAGAGCAAGAAAUGUGCCGAGAAGGUGUUUGUGGACGUAGAGAUGCACAUGGCAGGCAUAGAUCCAUUUACUAAAGAGCACAAGAAGGAUAUUUACCAAAGUGAAGUGACGGGAAUUGUCAACUUCUUUCUGCAGUGCAGAGUCAAUCCACUGCUAAAGAGAGGAGGCGAGUUUGCAGAGCCAGCCAGCAUAGAAGAGUUUGAGAGCGGCAAAUUUCUGAACAGUAUAGGCUUCCUCAUACAGACAUACAUAUACGAGUUCAUCGAUACUGUGCAGGCGUACAAGGAAUUUGUGCAUGCCGUGCACGAGCUGCUGGUUGACCAAAUGACCACAGAAAGUAGCAGCGGAAAAAAGAAGGGAAAGAAGGACCGGAUAUUUGACAGGUUCUUUCUGCAAAAGGACUCCAAUGGCGCAGAGAUGAAAUACAUUAAGCCCUUUUACGAGCUCGCAAAGAUCAUGGAUAAAGAUAUGACAUUCCCCUUCUGUGACUCCAGUCAGCUGCCAGUGUACACUAAAAUACCGCGGUAUAAACUGGAUAAGACUGGCUUUGAAGAAGAGGAGUCCCUAAGCUACAGUGACUGUGUAGAGUCUGCCCUUCUUGGGCUAUUCUGCUGUCUGGCGUAUAACCCAGAGAAAAGAGAGUACCAAACAAGCCACAUGGGAGAUAAAAUAAGCGAUGAACUAAGGGACUUCUUUAAAAGCUAUCCUGCGCCAGUGGAAGUUGUUGACCAUGAAAUGCACAAGCAAUGGAGCAGGGUUGUUUCUUGCUUAAAGAACGACAAGAUUGACUACAAGCACCCAAAAAAUGAACUUCUCUCUGGAGCUGCAAAUAUAUUUCUAGCAAUUGCAGGAAUAACUGGACAAGAAGAUGACAUACUAGAUCUAGUUGAGAGUAUAGAAAAUGCGUGCAGGCUACAAAAGUUAGAGAACGAACAUAUAGAUUAUAUCACAGAUAAAAUUCAGUUGAUUAUUACAUCGCUCUCUUAUAACAAGAAUGUAGUAGUGAGCUGCGGUAACAUAGAUUUUUGGAUAAGAUCAAGUGGCAAGGAAGAUCUUUUCUUUCAAAUCGAUAUUAUCUACGGAUUUGACGAUAAAAAGCAUGGGAUUUCUCUAUAUAUAAACAGCGGGCAUGCUUCUUUGAGAAUUCUUCAGCUAUCCUCUAUACCUGCACAUAUUAAAAACAAGUAUGAAGAAAUUAGAAAAAUAUGUUGUAAAGAAGAGAACUACAUGACAUGCGCCAUUGGUCAGUAUAUUGAGAGAAGCUUAGAAGAGUUAAAAAAUUCAGAUGCAGAAAACGAAAGUUAUAAUCUAUCGAAAUACAAGCAGAUUUUAGAUUUAGGGCAUGAGAACAUAUCUAAGAUAUUCUUGCAGGGAAGGCUUACUGAUAUUGACUGCAAGUCCUUUAUUAUAAAGAACUUUAUAAUAUACUCUGCAGACAAGAACUUAGGCUUAGAUGACCCUGCAAUACGCAUUACUGCUAAUAUUCUGGGGUCUGUCCCACUGAAUGACCCUGCUACCCGACGUAAAAUAAUGCAAAGCUUUUAUUUCCAUCCAAACUGGCAGAAUUACUAUCCAAAGCUUGGGUUUGCACCAUCAAAGUGCCUACCAGAGGCAUACAUGGAUAGCAAUGAUUUAUAUAACACAUAUGUGGAUAUACUGGCGCGCCAAUCAGCAUAUCUCGCCAGCAAAUGCAUGUAUACCUAUUUAAGGGCACCUAUAGCGGAUGGCAGUACUCAUUGUUUAUUUAAAAGGCUAUCCUUAUAUGCAUAUUUAUUUAAUCAUAUAGCAGAGGAAGGCCAAAUAGAAUAUCUGGAAAGUAUUCAAUAUGCACUUGAAGAAACCAAGAAGCCCUUGGACGCUAAGGAUCUUAACUAUAUAUAUCUUGUCUGGUUUAUUUCUGCAUGCAAUGAGUACGCAGACUAUACAGAGUUGAUUGAGAAAACAUAUGGAUUUAUACACAUUGACAGUCUGUCUAUGAAUGAAAAAAAAGAGCUAAGAGCAUACUACACAGAAAAAGUUGUUUAUGUGCUAGAGAAUAGAAAAAGAGUUUUCUGCUUUAAAUACAACAGAACCAGUAUGGAGAACUAUGAAAAGGUGCUAAACUACUUUAAAUCAUUCCAUUAG